AUGACACCGGAUCUUUCUGAAAAGAACCUUCUGGGUGAGAAGGUGACCUCCACAUCCACUGAGUCGUCCUGCUUGCGAUAUCGUAUGGUAAAAAAUAUGCCUUCAGCUCGGCAUUUCCUCCUCACCCUCUUCUUCGGGAUACUUGUCACGGCCGGACUAGCAAAUGCCGUCCUCAAGCAACAACCGCCUUCUGGCGAGAACUCGGCUGAAGGUGAAAUUAACCUGGCCGUUCAUCGUGAUGAUUCAACGUUCUCGCGGCUGUUGAAUUCAGCAUCACCUCAGGCUCUCCACGAGUUCCUCCACGCCUACUUCCCCUCUACCUAUAGACACGGCGUUUACGACUCUGACCAUUCGGCAAUGGAGGCUGUUCAUUCGAAUGAUCCGGAAUUAGCAACCUCUAUUGUCCAAAUGGCAAAGAGACAGCAAUCUGGCAACGAUACCACAUCGGCUACGUCCUCCACAUCUUCAGACGCCAGCAUUGUAACCUCUACAAGUGAAACUAGCACAACCCAAGAAACCUCUUCCCAAGACACGACUUCGGUACCUCCGACUUCGUCCACAGAUACGACAACAUCUGAGACGACUUCGACUACCUCGACAGAGACCGAAUCUUCGACUACGUCAACGUCGGAGUCCACCCAAGGGAUGAGUUCUUCCGGUACGUCUGUCGAUUCUUCAACCGACAUGCCUUUAGUAACUACCACCACCGCAAUCACAACACUGCCAUCUUCUACUUCUUCGCUUCCUUCUACUCUUACCUCUUCCCCUCAUUCUUCUAGGGGCUCAACCUUGACAACUACAAGCACUUCCAGUGCUAGUACCACACGGCCAACUCAGACUUCUACAUUCGUAUCGACACUCCCUGGAGGUGCCAAGACGACGAUUACAUCGGUUGAGGUUGUUACUCCUGGGGCAGCUGAAGGAGCAAGCACUACGGCUGACUCAUCAGGAAGUUUGCAGUCCGGGAUCGCUGUUGCGCUCGCUAGAAAGCCCGUCGUGGAAGUUAUCAUUGGUGCCGUUGUUGGUGGAGUGCUUCUCGUAUAG